AUGGCGCGCUCCAAGUACACCGUGGCCGUGCUCCUCGCCCUGCUGGCCAUCGUCGCGACGCUGCAGCCGUCCGAGGCGAGGGUCCAGCCCGCCGCCGCCGCAAACCAAGAAGAAGCCACAGCCACCACCACGGCCGAUGGAGGCUCCCCGCCUCUUCCCGGGCUGCCGCUGCCUCAGAUCCCCGGCAUGCCUAGCCUACCACCGAUAUUCCGCUCCCUUUUCCCGCCACUUCCUCAGAUCCCCGGCUUGCCGCCGCUGUUCGGGCCGCUCCCUGGUGGUGCACCGGGCACCCCUCCAUCUCAUGCACCGCCGAGCCUCCCACACCUCCCGCUUCCCACCGGCUCGCCAAGCCCGCCACCGCCAAAGGAGUGCCUGACACCAUUGACGGCCAUGAUACCGUGCAUGGACUACCUCACCAACAUCACGGUCUUCUCGCCACCGGACGCGUGCUGCGACGGCCUCAAGUCGGUCGUCAGCACCGCGCCGAUCUGCCUCUGCCACGGCCUGAACAACAACGGCGGCAUGAGCAAGCUCUUCCCCAAGCCCAUAGAUCCGAUCCGCAUGAUCAUCCUCCCGCUCAGGUGUGGCGCCAUGAUACCCAUCCAGACGAUUUUCUCCUGCGGCACCCAACCCUUGCCACCGUUGACGCCUCCUGCCACGACUCCGGCGCCUCACGCUGCUUCCCCCGCGCCAUCACCAUAGGAGCAAAAGGAUGCACAGAUCGCCGAUGCUUUUGUUAGAUUAUAUAGCGUUUAAGUUGGUUUUGUUUAGGUAGGAUCAGAGAAAGAUAUCAGCUAGCGUUUAGGGGUUUAGAACGUCUCUCAUAUGUAGCUCCUAGUGCUACUUAGUUAUCAUAUAAGUAUACAAAGUCAUGUAAGAUCUCCGUCACAUGAUGUAAUCGUUGUCAAUGGAUAAUGGGAUCCCAUGGAUAAUAAGUAUUAUGCUAGAUCGGUGCAUGCUUGGUGAUUCA